AUGAAAACCAAGUUCUGCAACGGCGACGCCGACCCGUCCCCGCUCGGGCUCCUCCUUGGCCGCGGGUCCGCCGCGGCCGGGCAGCCGCCCUCGCCGCUGGCUCACCCGGACCCCGAGGGGAAGGAUCCCACCGCGGCGGGCAGAGGCGGUGGCGUCGCGACCCCGCCCCCGGCGCUGCCUCCGCCGCUCGAGGAGGAGUCGCCGCCGCUCGACCCCCGGACGCGGCGCCGGGCGUAUCUGUGGUGCAAGGAGUUCCUGCCGGGGGCCUGGCGGGGGCUGCGGGAAGAGCAGCUGUGCAUCAGCCCCAUCAGAGGUGGCCUCAGCAACAUGCUGUUUCAGUGCUCGCUGCCUGAUACCGUUGAGACAGUUGCAGAUGAACCACGGAAAGUUCUCCUGCGUUUAUACGGUGCAAUCCUGCAGAUGAGGUCCUGUAAUAAGGGCGAGUCUGUACAGUCUCAGAAGGAAAAUGACUUGCAAGGGGCAGAAGCCAUGGUUCUGGAAAGUGUUAUGUUUGCCAUUCUUGCAGAGAGAGCGCUUGGACCAAAGCUGUAUGGAAUCUUCCCACAAGGGCGACUGGAGGAAUUCAUUCCCAGCAGGAAAUUGAGCACUGAAGAACUAAGCUUACCUGACAUAUCUGCUGAAAUAGCUGAGAAGAUGGCCAGAUUUCAUGGCAUGAAAAUGCCGUUUAAUAAGGAACCCAAGUGGCUUUUUGGAACAAUGGAAAAGUAUCUAAAUCAAGUGCUGAGAAUUAAAUUUACCAGAGAAUCUCAAACCAGAAAACUGAACAAACUUCUCAGUUACAAUCUCCCCCAGGAAAUGAAAAAUCUAAGAGCUAUGCUUGAAGCUACUUCUUCACCAGUUGUAUUUUGCCACAAUGACUGUCAAGAGGGUAAUAUCUUACUUCUGGAAGGCAGAGAGACUUCAGAAAACCAAAAGCUGAUGCUCAUUGACUUUGAAUACAGCAGCUAUAAUUACCGAGGAUUUGAUAUUGGAAAUCACUUCUGUGAAUGGAUGUAUGAUUACUCAUAUGAAAAGUACCCAUUCUUCAAAGCCAGUAUUCUUAAAUAUCCCUCGAAGAAACAACAGCUUCAUUUCCUCUCCAGUUACCUGUCUGCAUUCCAUGAUGGCUUUGAAAAUCUGAGCAAUGAAGAGAAGUCCAAUCUAGAAGAAAUAGUGUUGGUAGAAGUUAACAGGUUUGCCCUUGCAUCACACUUCUUCUGGGGUCUAUGGUCUAUUAUACAAGCAAAGAUCUCAUCCAUUGAGUUUGGGUACCUGGAAUAUGCAUUAUCCAGAUUUGAUGCCUACUUUGAUCAGAAGAGAAAGCUGAAGGUGUGAAUGUGGGAGGAGUGGCCUGUUGGUUACCAUAUGAAGAGGGCAGCUGGACAGAACUUUCACUGUGCUUAGGCUACUGUAUCUCUAAUGAAGGUGUCACUGAAUUCCAGUUCCUGGGAAUGCAGGUGUACAGUACUGAGGACUAUAAAAAUUACUUGUUUACAGUUCCGUAAAUAGUUGGAAUGAGAUUGGAAGGCAAAAGUAAAAUACAACCAUGCAAUAUCUUUAAAUCUUUUCAAUCUAGGAGCUAUUUUGUAUUAUGGGAGAAGCUUACAAUUAAGUGUCAAUACCACAUGCAUCAGAGCAAACUGGCUGUGGGUACAUUUUUGGGGGGUGUUGGCAUUCUGGUUUGUGUUGCAAGUGGAACAGCUGUAAAAGCUGAUUUGCUAUCAACACUGCCUCUUAAGGACGAGGAAAAGCAAAGGAGACAGCUGCUAAACUGUGAAGUAGGCUUAAAAACUUAGUGUGAAUUUAGGUUCACGGUGCCCCAAGAACACUAUUUUGAAGCUGCUGAUAUCUUACACCACUUUAACCAGAAGCAACUAAACACAUUGAAGCAGUGUGCUUUAAAGUGUUAGUGACACACACAUGAAUGUUUCUCUUAGGCUGGUGUGCCUGGGAAGUGAAGUACAAAUGAGCUUUGAACUGGACAUUCUGAAGGAGUUUGUUUUGAACUGUUUGUUCCGUGUUGUUCAAGAACAUGCUUUAGCCCAGCCUGGUUCUCUUAAAAUGCUGUGUCCUGCACAGGGGGUUCUGCAGGCUGACAGCACUGGGAAGAGUGCCUUGAAUUGCUCUAGCAGCU